GUUUUGGGAGAGCACGGAUUUUGGCGCUGCAUGUGUCGCAUGUGCUGCGUUCCUGCUCACACGGGUCAAAAAGGGGAUAUUUGGAGAGUAUUGAUCAGUUUAGAGACUCUCUGAGACAUGUUCAGCCCCCGCACCCCCGGCUCCGGCCGCAGGCAGCAGGGCAGGACCGGGAGGAAGAGCGUGUCCGGGCCGGGCAGCCUGCUCUUCUCCCCCCGCAGGACGUCUCUGUCGGCCAGGUCCACACCCACCCGUGUGCAGAGCCACGCAGCUGCAGAAACCAUCAACUAUGAUGUGCAGACGUUUGGAUCGUCGCUGCCUGUCAAAGUCAUGGAGGCGCUGACUAUGGCUGACGCUGACGACCAGAUCUCGGUGAAGGUGAAUGAGAGUGGCUGGGCCUGGAUGGUUUGUGGAGAGAAACUGAUCAUCUGGAAGAUCUGCCAGACCGCUGUUGCCAAGCUGUCUGUGUGUAAGGAGCUGCAGCUGCCCAGCAGCGAGUACAACUACACCGCCGACCUCGUGGCUGUGGCGUCCGCUGCUCCUCUGGAGGUGGCUCCCGUUCAGUCCAUCUCUGUCCUGGCGGUGGCUGCAGAAGGGACGGCUCGUUUCUGGCCCAGCCUGGCCCACGAAGGCAACUACACCGAGUCCGACGUGGACCUGGGAGAUCUCUGCAACCUUCUUGUUGCUGUCAGAGGUGGGAGUUUUGUCUUAUCGUCAUUUAGUAAUCAGCUCGUGAGAGCGACGGCAGAUUCUUCAGGGAAGCUGCAAUGUCGAGCUCUGCAGCAGGGUCAGGGCGUGCUGUCGGGCAUUGGCCGCCGUGUCUCCAGCCUGUUCGGCAUCCUCUCCCCACCAACCAACGACGCACUCCACAGCCUGCUGUGGGUGGGGGAAACUAGCUGCUUGUACACGCUGACCACUUCCAGCCUGAGUAAAUGGGAGGUGGACAACAGCUCUGAGCACCAGAUCUUCAGCUGGGAUACCUGCCGGGCGCUGACCGAGAGCAUCGCCGAUUCCAUCUGGGGCUCAGAGAGCAACUACGAGGAGAUGAAGGAAGGAGCAAACGUGGCGUACCUGGACCUGAGGAGGAGCCAGGCCGGCCUGGUGGUUUUGGCUGCAGCCUGGCACCCCUCGGACUCCCCCUGCCUGGCCUACUUCUGCCUGGUCACCUUGCAGGAAAACGGGGCCGCCAUCGCUGACCAGUUCACCGUAGAGGUGACCAAGUACAGCUGCCCCUUCCAGAGCGAGGAGGCGCUGCAGGCCACACGGCUGGUGUUGCCUCGCUCCCCCGGCGCCACCGCCUUCCUGUACAACGAGGAGCUGGUGUUCGCCUGCUCCACGGGGACCGGCAGAGCGGCGCUGCCGGACGAGAAGAUCAGCUUCAGCUCACCAGGCGACUGUGUGCGUGGAGGCGGCUGCUGCGCCGGCCUGCCGGUCUUCUUCUCCCAGAACAGCGGCCUGGUGGCCGUGGUGGCCAGAGAGAGCGCCUCCAUCCUGCCCGAGACCAUGGAGGACUCGCUGUGCUCGUCGCUGGCUGCAGCUCCUGAGGUUUCAGCCAUGGAGACUCCGAGAGCCGAGCCUGUAGCACAAGAGGACAAGACCAAGAUGCUGAAGUCGGCCUUCCUGCAGUUCUGUCGUAACGACCUGCUGGGAGCUCAGACGGUCAUAGACCAGCUCUUCCCCCCUGACGGUGAUGGAGAGGAGGGAGCCGAGCUGGACGGCAUCGUGACUCAGAUCAACCUGGACCUGGUGGACGAUUACCCGGCCUCAGACCCUCGUUGGGCCGAGUCUGUCCCCGAUGAGAGCGCUGGCUUUCCUCUCACCUCCCUGAUCAUCCUCCACCAACUGGAAGACAAGAUGAAGGCCCACGGUUGCUUCAUGGACUUCCUGCUCCAGGUGGGUCUGCUGGACCGGCUCGCUCAGACGACGGUGCGGUCGUCUCCCAUGGCAACGCGGCUGCUGCUGUGCGAGCACGCUGAGAAGCUGCAGGCUGCCAUGGUGCUGAAGAACCACCACAGCAGACACGCCGAGCUGGUGAACCGGGCCAUCAGCACGGCGCUGCAGAGGAGCGGCACAGCGGUGCCGGCCAGCCUCACUGCAGCCGACGUCUUCUUCAGAGAGGUUUCUCAGAUCUCGUCGGUGUUGGACUGUCUGCUGGAGGAGGAGGAGCGGAGUCUGAAGGAGAACCCAGUGGACUCGGUGCAGUGGGCCGAAGUGGUCCUUACAGUUAACAACAUCAUCAAGGACAUGCUCCAGGCUGCCGGUCAGUACAGAGAGACCAAGGCCUCCAUGUACAGAGCUUCUGAAAACGCUGCUGCCGAGCCCGAGUACAUCCCAUGGACAGCAUCAGGCGGCAUCGGUGGUGUCCGCACUGUCAUUUCCCGCCAGCACGAAAUCAUCCUACGCUCAGUCUACCCACAUGCGGACUCUGAGUUGCGCAGUGCACUCUGUGAGCAGCUGGUGGCGCUGUUGGACAUGUACCUGGGCGGCUACGUGGCCCAGCUGACCUCCCUUCAGCAGCAGAGGCCCCCGGGGGCCCAGCCGGAGCGCUACAACAGCCUGGAGCUGGAAUACAGCCAGCGGCGCUCCGAGCUGUUGGCCCCGCUCUUGGAGUUGGGUCAGUACCAGUGGGUGGCAGCGCUGGCUGAGAAAUACUGUGACUUUGACAUCCUGGUACAGAUGUGUGAGCAAACGGACAACCAGAACCGCCUGCAGCACUACAUGGCCAAGUUCUCUGAGCAGAACUUUGCAGACUUCCUGUUUCGCUGGUACAUGGAGAAGGGGAAGAGGGGGAAGCUGCUGUCCCAGCCGGCUGCUCAGCACCAGCAGCUGGCCAGCUUCCUGCAGGCUCACCAACACCUGAGCUGGCUGCACCACAUCCAGACCCACGACUACCAGACUGCCCACAGGACUCUGUACAACCAGGCCAACGCGGAGACGCGCUACUUUGUGAAGAAGAAGACGCUGCUGGCUCUCAGUAAGCUGACGGCGCUGGCGUCAGACCUGCCACAGGACCAGGUCUCCAAACAAGUCAACGACAUCAUGGAGCAGGAGCGCUUCCUGCUGCACCAGGAGACUCUGCCCCGGCAGCUGCUGGAGGACAAACAGCAGAACCCCGACACCAUGCCUCUGCUGACGGCUCACAACCUCAUCCAGCUCUACAUCUGCGAUGACAACAGGCGCGCCAACGAGUACGACUUCAAAAAGGCUCUGGACCUGCUGGAGUACAUAGAUGAGGAGGACAGCGUGGACAUCGACUCGCUCAAGUGUGAGAUCUUCUGCAAAGCUCUCAGGAGAGAUGACUGGUCGUCUGCUGACGGCAGCGACGAUCCUCUGGAAGCGGCGAAGGACAGCAUCUUUGUCAAGAUUCUCCUCAAGCUCAUACAGGAAGGAGUUCCUCUGCAGACGUAUCUGCCUGACGUCAGAGAGAUGCUGGAGCUGGACGAGCUGAGCAGUUUGAAAUCAAAGCCUUAUUUUGAAUUUGUACUUCGAGCCAAUUAUGAACAUUACCUUCAAGCUCAGAUGUGACGACUUUCCCUGUGAAGCCUCCUGCACUUCAGCGUUCCUUCACAUUGUUACGAUGUCCAAAAUUAGUUUAAAAUGUUCUCUUUUCUAAAUAAAUGCAUUUGUACUUCUU